AUGAACAAGUUAAAAUUGAAAACCCUGCAGACAAACUGCUGUUGUUUAGUAAUAAAUAAGUUUUACAGUAUAAAAACAAACAUUAAAAAUUAUGGACAAGUGAUAAGCGAUGCCGAAAAAGUUGUGGGGGUGCCUACUUCUUUUCUAAGCUUGAGAUGUUUAAUGAAUGAUGAAGUGGCCGAUAUUGCGAAUCACAUGAGAAAGUUAAUGGGAACUGGACAUCCCCUAAUUAAUACAGCUAAGGACUUAAUAAUGGAGAAGGAUACAAUGCCAAAAUGGGGCCUUAUAAUAUUACUUCUAUCGAAAUGCCAACAAAUUAACAUUCGACUGGAAAUUCAACCAGAUUUAACUGAAGGUAUUCUACCACAGCAGCGCACCCUAGCGGAAGUAACAGAAAUGGUUCGAAUCAGCAAUGUGUUGCACAACAGUAUUGUGAAUCACGAAAAAUCAGACACAUCAAACAGUUAUGGCAACAAGCUGGCGCUACUAAGCGGCGACUUUCUCCUAAGCACUAGCUUUAAACUACUGGCAGAGAUGAGGAACCAAGAGGUCAAUCUACUAAUAUCAACGGCCUUACGAGAUUUAAAUGAGUCCAAUUUUAUUGAACCAAGAGACAAGCAAAACAAACCUCUUCCAGCAAAACCGUUAAAGAAAAAAACUGAAAUAGAAGUGCCAGUAGAACUGACAAUGCAACCUUACAAAAUAUCGGAGUACCUAGGUUCUGCCAAAAGUGAGUGGACAAUAAGGAGUUUGCUAGGUGGCGCCACUUUAAUGGCGAGAAGUUGUGAGGCUACCAUGAUACUCUCCGAAAAUAUACCAUACCAAAAUUCAGCGCACGUGUUUGGGAGAAAUAUGGGCCUACUUUUUCAAAUUUCUCAGGAAUUAAAAAACUUUCAAGACUGCGCAAGUGUUGAGUUAACUUCGGCACCUAUUUUGUUUCACUUAGAAUACGAGCCUAGUUUAUACGAAGAAAUUGUCGAGAAUUCCGAUAAAAUAGAAAUGGAUAAGCUAAAAAAUAUAGUAAACAACGGACCUGGAAUUGAAAAGACGAUAAAAUUAAAGAAAUAUUUUACCAAUAAUGCACUGAAGGCUUUACAUACUUUCCCGAAAAGUAAAGCGCGGUUAGCUCUGGAAAGUAUAAUUGAAAAUAUGUGAUAAAACAAUAUUUCGUCGGGUUACUGUUUUAAGUAAUUUGAAUUUAUAACAUAUUCAUUGGGUCUAUUUACUAAAAAUGAAGUUAUAUCAUUUUUGUUGCGCUCGGCCUUGAUCGAUUUAACCGAUUC